UUGAACUGUCAAAAAAAUCAAAUUUAAAGCAUACACUGACAGUAAAUAAGUCCAGAUAUUACAAAAAAAAAAUUAAAAUUAACAGUAUGAAGUUUCUUCAAAAUAUGGGUCUUUUUCUGGUUUCGGUUGUAAUAAUAUCGCUGUUAUCAAUUUCGUUUAGCGAAAAUGUUCUGGAAUUGAGCGAAAAUAAUUUUGAAAGAACCCUUGAUAACUUUAAAUAUGUGAUGGUUAAAUUUUACUCUCCAGAAUGUACAAAUUGCAAGGCUUUAAACCCUGUAUAUCAAGAAAUUGCCCGUAAAAUUAACGAUAUUGAUCUUGCUAGCCCUGUUAAAUUAGCAGAGGUGGAUGCCACUCAUGAACUAUCAUUAACUCAGAAAUUUAAAGUUGCGUCAUAUCCAUCGUUACUACUUUUUGAAAAAGGAUCUUUGAAAGGCGAAUAUAAAGGAACUAUGGAUCCAUCGGAAAUUUUAAAUUGGCUGUUAAAACAAACACAAAUUCUUUUUGUCAUUUUCUGUCAUUGUAUCAUCAAAAUUUCUGUUUUCCUUUACAAAAACUAUUUUUUUUUUUUAAUGAUGAGGCGUAACAAUUUGCUCUUGUUUUUUGUUUCUUUAUUAGCAGUUUUUAUCGGUGUGAUUAUUUGUGACGACACAAGUAUUUUAGAAUUAGACCGGGAUAGUUUUCAAGCUACACUCAGAGAAAAUAAGUUUGUUCUCGUGAAUUUUUAUGCACCAUGGUGCAAAUAUUGCAGAGAUUUUAAUCCGACAUAUCAGGCAACUGCUCGUAAAUUAGAGGAACUAGGUAGCAGUAUAAGAUUGGCUAAGGUGGAUGCAACGAUAGAAAGGCCUCUUGCUAAUCAGUACAACAUAAAGGGUUACCCUACCCUUGUAUUUUUCAAAAAUGGGGUGCCAAGUGACCAAUAUGGUGGAAUACGAACCCAAAAAGGUAUCGUUACAUGGCUACUGAAAAAAGCUGACCCAUAUAGCAAGGAAUAAGAUUUUAUGCGAUGGAUUUUAAACGAAAAAAAAAAAAACAGGAUUGGAAAGAAAUCUGAAAGAUACUAAUCUGCAAAAUAGAAACUAUUUUUGAGGAAAUAUUAUAUUCAGCUGAUGGAUUAUAAUGAUUACACAUGAAAUAAAGCAACAAACAUUCUUUUCUCAUCAUUUUUAUAAAAAUGGUAAAAAU